GGCGGGCUGCAAGGCAAGCACCCCAUUGGCCAUUUUAGGAAGUCAGUCUGGGGCGAUGGUCCGCAGUCUGCUGGCGGAGGAAACUUCCUGGUGAUUGUGACGCUGGGAAGAGCCAAAGGAAUCCUGAGUCUAGGCCAGCAGAGCUGUCAGGGCAGGAAUCCUGGGGCCCCCGUGGCGGAGUCUGGAAGGCGGAGCGCAGCGGGACGUCGCGGGUUCCGAGCGAGGCGGGGACCUAGCGCCAGCACCGCUGCAGCCGCGUUUGGGUGGCGGUUGCCGGCGUGACCCGACCUCCCGGGCGGCUUCUCCAGACCGUACCGCAGUUGUUGCGGCUCUUUCCGGGUGAUGAAUUUGAGUUGCUCGUGCGGAUGAGGAAACCAAUAAUUAUCAAAGUGAGGGGCACUUGUCCAAGAUCAUACAACUAGUAAAUGGCAGAACCUGGAUUUGAAAUCAGUUCCUUGUGAGUUUUCAAACACUUGAUCUUUAGACUCCAAUCCUGCACAUUUCAUCUUCCCUCUGUUGCCUCCUUCUUGCUGUGCUGCUGUCCAAGACUAGCAUCAAAAUAAAGGCUACAUGACUUGCUGAAGGAAAAGAAAAUGUUAUGUUGGGGAUAUUGGUCUUUGGGCCAUCCUGGUGGUAUUAGCAGCAAUCUCCAAGGAAUUGUGACUGAGCCACAAGCAUAUGGAUUUAUUUCUGACAGAAGCAUCAAAGAAGUGGCUUGUGGAGGCAACCACUCAAUUUUUUUACUGGAGGAUGGGGAAGUUUAUACAUGUGGUUCGAACACCAAAGGACAACUAGGCCAUGAAAGAGAAGGAAAUAAGCCAGAGCAAAUUGGGGCUUUAGCAGAUCAGCACAUAGUCCACGUUGCCUGUGGCGAGUCUCAUAGCUUGGCCCUUAGUGACCAGGGACAGCUCUUCUCUUGGGGUGCAGGUAGUGAUGGACAACUUGGACAUACAACUACUGAAGAUUCUGUUGCAAUACCCAGGUUAAUAAAGAAACUCAAUCAACAAAUGAUAUUGCAGGUUUCCUGUGGCAACUGGCACUGCAUGGCUCUUGCAGCUGAUGGGCAGUUCUUCACUUGGGGACAGAACCGCCAUGGGCAGUUGGGUCUGGGGAAAGAAUUCCCUUCCCAAGCUAGUCCCCAGAGAGUGAAAUCCUUAGAGGGGAUCCCCCUGGCUCAGGUUGCUGCUGGAGGGGCACACAGCUUUGCCUUGUCUCUCUCUGGAGCUGUAUUUGGAUGGGGAAGGAACAAUGCUGGUCAGCUGGGACUCAGUGAUGAAACAGAUCGUCAAUCUCCUUGUCAUGUGAAACUUUUACGAACUCAAAAAGUUGUUUAUAUUAGUUGUGGAGAAGAACAUACAGCAGUGCUCACAAAGAGUGGAGGAGUGUUCACUUUUGGUGCUGGUUCCUUUGGACAGCUUGGACAUGACUCCAUGAAUGAUGAGGUUAAUCCAAGAAGGGUUCUAGAAUUAAUGGGCAGUGAAGUAACUCAGAUUGCUUGUGGCAGACAGCACACUCUAGCCUUUGUGCCUUCCUCGGGGCUCAUCUAUGCAUUUGGCUGUGGAGCAAGAGGCCAGUUAGGAACUGGACAUACAUGUAAUGUAAAGUGCCCAUCUCCUGUAAAGGGUCACUGGGCUGCUCACAAUGGCCAACUUUCAUCUAGAGCUGAUUCCUUUAAAUAUCACAUUGUUAAACAUAUCUUCUCAGGAGGAGACCAAACUUUUGUACUUUGCUCCAAAUACGAGAAUUCCUCUCCUGCAGAUGACUUCAGGAUUAUGAAUCAAGCACAAUAUACCAGUUUAAUAAAUGAUGAAACUAUAGCUAUUUGGAGACAAAAACUAUCAGAGCAUAGCAACUCCAAUUCAAUCAACAGUGGUGUUCUGCAAAUAUUGUCUUCAGCUGCCUGUUGGAAUGGAAGUUUUCUUGAAAAAAAAAUUGAUGAGCAUUUUAAAACUAGUCCCAAAAUUCCAGGGAUUGACCUCAAUUCUACCAGAGUGUUAUUUGAGAAGCUAAUGAACUCUCAGCACUCGAUGCUUCUAGAACAGAUCUUAAAAAGCUUUGAAAGUUUCCUGAUUCCACAGUUGUCCAGUUCACCACCAGAUGUUGAAGCAAUGAGAAUCUAUUUAAUACUUCCUGAAUUCCCUCUACUUCAGGAUUCUAAAUAUUAUAUAACAUUAACCCUUCCCCUGGCAAUGGCUAUUCUACGACUGGAUGCAAACCCUAGUAAAGUCUUAGAUAACUGGUGGUGUCAGGUGUGCCCAAGAUAUUUCUUGAAGCUAGUAGACCUUUAUAAAAGUGCAGUAGUUUAUCUCCUGAGUGGAAGAAAAACAUUGUUGAUUCCUGUUCUGUUUAGCAGUUAUAUAACAGCAGCACUCAAGCUAUUGGAAAAACUGCAUAAGGUAAACCAGAAAGUGAAACAUGUGGAAUAUGACAAGUUUUACAUACCUGAAAUUUCCCAUCUUGUGGACAUUCAGGAAGACUAUCUUAUGUGGUUCUUACAUCAAGCAGGAAUGAAAGUUAGACCAUCUAUAAUGCAGGAUGCUGUGACUCUCUGUUCCUAUCCAUUUGUCUUUGAUGCUCAAGCUAAGACCAAAAUGUUGCAGACAGAUGCUGAACUGCAGAUGCAGGUCGCUAUCAAUGGAGCAAAUUUGCAGAAUGUGUUCAUGCUCCUCACAUUGGAGCCUCUGCUGGCCAGAAGCCCAUUCCUUGUCCUUCAUGUUCGCAGGAGCAACCUUGUUGGAGAUGCCCUAAGAGAGCUGAGUAUUCACUCCGACAUUGAUUUGAAAAAGCCUCUGAAAGUAAUCUUUGAUGGUGAAGAAGCAGUGGAUGCUGGUGGUGUCACAAAAGAAUUCUUCCUUUUGCUCCUGAAGGAACUUUUGAAUCCUAUCUAUGGAAUGUUUACUUAUUAUCAAGAUUCAAACCUCUUAUGGUUUUCUGACACAUGUUUUGUAGAGCACAACUGGUUUCACCUGAUCGGUAUAAUCUGUGGACUAGCUAUCUACAACUUCACUGUGGUAGAUCUUCACUUUCCACUGGCUCUCUACAAAAAAUUACUAAAUGUAAAACCUGGCUUGGAAGAUUUAAAAGAGCUAUCACCUACUGAAGGAAGGAGUCUUCAGCAGCUUCUUGAUUACCCAGGGGAAGAUGUAGAAGAGGUGUUCUGUCUCAACUUCACAAUAUGCAGAGAAAGUUAUGGAGUAGUUGAAGAGAAGAAGCUUAUACCUGGAGGAGACAAAAUGACUGUUCAGAAAGACAACAGGCAGGAAUUUGUGGAUGCUUAUGUCAACUAUGUCUUCCACUUGUCAAUCCAUGAAUGGUAUGCAGCCUUUUCGAGUGGUUUUCUGAAGGUGUGUGGAGGCAAAGUAUUGGAACUCUUCCAGCCUUCAGAACUCAGGGCCAUGAUUGUGGGAAACAGCAAUUAUAACUGGGAAGAGUUGGAAGAGAGCACAAUCUAUAAAGGUGAUUAUUCACCUUCACAUCCCACAGUGAAAAUGUUUUGGGAAACUUUUCAUGAAUUUCCACUGGAAAAGAAGAAGAAAUUUCUUUUAUUUCUGACAGGCAGUGACCGGAUCCCUAUCUAUGGAAUGUCAAGCCUGCGAAUCAUCAUCCAGUCCACAACCAGUGGGGAGGAAUAUUUGCCUGUGGCUCAUACUUGCUACAAUCUUCUAGAUCUACCCAAAUACAGCAGCAAGGAGAUCCUGAAUAUACGCCUGACACAGGCGAUUGACCACUAUGAGGGAUUUAGUUUAGCCUGAGACACCCCGAGUUCACCUGCCCUACCCCAAUGCCCACACUGGGCCUUGUGCAGAAGAACACAUGGAGUGAUUUUUAUUCUGGAUUUGUGCAAUCGAAUUGGGUUGAAAUAUUUGAAGACUGCAUCUCAGUGAUAUGUUUCUAGGGAUAUCAAAGCAGUGAAACUCUAACAAAUCAGCAUUUGGGUUGGGGGUGGAGUGGGUUCGGGAAUGGGGAAUUGACUCUCAUUUGGAGAUUUUAUAAAAACUACCUUCUCAAAUUCAGCCUCUUCCAUUCCAGCUGUCACACUUCCCAAUGGGGUUGGUGAGCUGCUGGAUGAAACAAUAGUUUCCUAGUUGUCAGUUUUUAGAUGCCUUUCCCCCUUUACAAUUAUUCCUUGUCCAAUAUCCUGUUCUUUCAUUCUUCUAAAAGCUCCUUUCUUGUUGACCUUUUCUUCUUUACCUAAGAAUGUUAAAUCAUUCACUCUCUUGGAAGCCUUUGAAAUUUUACUGGUGCAUUUGGCUGGCUUUGACUCAAAGCCCCAACCAGUGCUCUGACACUCAGGAGGAAGUGACUGUCACAGUUCUAAACCACUGAGUUUCAGUCUAUGGCUUUGGUCUAGCUUUGAGAACUUAACAAUGAACCUUUGUAUACCUUUUUUUUUUUUUUUAAGAGCUUCAGAGAAAAACAAAAUAAAAUUCCUUUUUUAUGAAUAUGGCCCCCUUCCUUUUCCUUCUGAAGGAUUUGCAAAGUAGCUUGGCAUUUCAGUGGAAACUAGUUCUAUUUCUACCACUUAUAGCCAUGUCCCUCUGAAAAAAAGAAUGUGAGUUACCUUGCUUUCCUGGCAAGUUUUGUUUUUUAGAGUCUCUCUUGUGCCAGGAGAAAGUAGCAAUAAACCAUAUAUAACAAUGUGAAAUUUCUAAUCAGUUUUUCCCUAACUCAGUUUCCCUCACUUUUUCUUUUUUCUCAACUUCCUCUUACUUUCCCCCUUUCCCUUUUGAAUCUUUCCUUUCCCCCCUUCUGUUUUUCUCUAACUUUAUUUAACUUUUCCUUUGUUCUUCCUCUUCAGAGAAUGCAUGCAAUUGCUUCUUUUGAAAUUUACAUUAAAAAUGUAAAAUUUCUGUUUGACAGAUUUUUCUUCCCUCUUCAGUAAAUGCUGGCAAAUUAAGGACAUUCUUUAUUACAGAACUUAUGUUUUGCAAAUUUGAAAUGCUUGAUUACAGUGGGAGAUUAUGUUUGAAUUGCAUAGAUGUUUCUCAAAGGAAUGGAAUUCUGUUACCUUCCACAUCAUGGAAAAAAAAAAAUGUCCUUCAUGAUCAAAGAAUUCACAUGAAUCUAAUUUUAAAGACCUUCUAAACUAGAAAAAAACUUAUUUAUAUAAUAUGCAGUAUUUAUGAACCACAUGAUAUUACAAGAUAUUAAACUUUACACAUCUCAACAAAAGGAUAUAGGGUUUUGCUUUUGCUUUUUGUUUUCUAAAUUUCUCUGAUUGCUACAUUGGUAGUUUUUCAGUCUCUUUAUAUUACAAGGAUAUGAAAUGUUUAUUUUCUAUGUGUGUGCAUACUGUUCGGUAUUAUGCAAUAAAUCUGAUGUUUUAAAUUAGA